AUGGAGGAAGAGCAAAGCGGCGCAGCGGUGGACAACAUUGUCAAUGAAUUCGAGACAUACGAGAGUUUUCUGGACUCGCAGAUCACGUCCUUGGACCUGUACUACCUGGAGGAUGAGGACUUGGCUCGACAGCUGGUGGAGCUGGGAUACAGGGGAAGUGGAGAGGUGCUGAAAAGAGAAGAGUUUGAAAUGAGGAAGGUAGCUGCUGAAACUGCACGACUUGCUAAAAAAAGCCAGAAAAAGGUAUUGGCAAGUGCAGGAAAAGACCUAAAGGAUAAUUUCCUGAUAGCACUGGCAGAGCGAGAGGAAGCCAACCGCAGCGGGAAAAUGAAUGUGAGUACACAAUCAACGGACCCGGUGCAUGUCUUAAAAAAGAUGCUAUCUUCUAUAAUUUUCAUCCGAGACUACAAUUCUCAUGGCCAAGAGAUCUCUGGGUAUAUUGAUUACUCACAUAGACUCAAGACAGAACAAUUUGAAGGGCAUUUUGGUGGAAAGAAGAAACUAUUGCCACGGUCAACAGAUCUAAGCUUCUACAAUUGGGACACCCAGAGCUGCACAUACAAUUCCAGUCCAUAUUACCAGGUGAUCACAGACAAUGCCUCCGGACUCCUUUUCAAAAAUAAAAGAGAUCGAAAAACAAUACAUGUGGAUCCAAAGGUCUCUCCUGGGGAUAAUACCACACGAAGCUUAAUUGAAACAAAUCUUUAUGUUCAAGUGGUCAUUUAUGACCACAUCACAAGAAGGAAGUCCUGA